AUGAUACUGACAAUUUCAUUUCUUAUAUUAUUAUCAUUUUUCUUUAUCAGUGCUAUUUAUGAUUCACACUCGUACGCUGCAGAAUACGUGGAAUUAGCGAUAAGUGAUCGAAUGCAACGUAUUGCAUCAAUAAUAUCUAUACCUCAGAAAAAUGUUUUUAUUACUCUGUCAAUCUUUACAACAGUAAAUGUAUCCAUCAUAGCAUUGAUCUACUGUUGGUUUAUGAUUGUUAUCGUUCGAUGUGCAAAAUAUUUUCGAGAUUUGAAAUCUGUUAAACAAAGUGUUAUGAGAAAAUGCAGUACAGAAUGA